AUGCGGCGGGCGGUCAAUCGCGAGAAGCGGCGGCAGCGGAAGCACGGUGUACCGCCACCGACAUACACGGCGUACACGGGAUAUCCCGCACCGACAGCCUAUGUGCCCGUGCCUCCCGCACCGACAUUUGUUCCUGUAGCUCCCGCACCGACAUUUGUGCCCAUGCCUCCUGCACCGACAACAUUUGUGCCCCCCGCACCGACAGGAUAUGUUCCUUUCCUGCCGCCGCCAGGGUACAUGCCCGCACCUCCCGCAUCCGGAUACGUUUUUGCACCGCCGCCUGGGUACAUGCCCGUACCUCCCGCAUCCGGAUACGUUUCUGCACCGUCGCCUAGAUACAUGCGCGCACCUCCCGCAUCAGGAUACAUGCCUGCGCCGCCAGCAUCAUACGGGCCUUAUUAUUAA